AUGGCAAAACUCACUGACGAUGCCGACUACGAAGCCGGCGAAGCGUCUGGAAAUGUACCACCUCCAGGGUCCGACUUUGGAAAUGAUUAUACAUACAAUGGACUCUGUACAAGGUGCGUUCCUCUAAGUCUCCCUACCAAUAUGACAAAGUCAAUAACUCAAGGUGAAACAACUUCUAUGCAACGAAAGGAGACUGCGACCAUACAAAAGGCAACACCAUCUUGGUCUUCAUACCUUUGA